GUCCGAAUCCUAAAAUUAAAGUAUACGCUGCAUGUAGAUAUUGUGAAUAUCAAUUUUUGUAAUCGUCGUCUCUGUCGUGUCAGCCUCAGCACGCACCGACCGCCGGACGCAAUGCCUGUUUGUCCAACACAGGUUGCAUCGGAGAUGAUUCAGCAAAUGGCAGUACCAAGGCUGUGUAGUCAGUGUCAGACCCAAAGAAAUUAUCCAGCCCCGUAUUGAUUUUACCCCGUCGUAUCUAUGAUGUUACAAUGAGUUUAUUACCUUCAGAAUGUGCGGAGAAAUGCUAUGCCCUACUCAGCUGGAACAAUCUCAACUGGAACCAUGUAGAUGCAAAAGUUGCCUCGCGUAAGCAAUAUAGCUGGGAAAAACCGGCCCUAAGCGUGAGCCGGGUCUGCAUGCUCUUCCUCUUUUGAAUGACAAACUCAAACUCUAACUUUGUGCAUAUUACAGCGCCGUUGGGAGUGUUGUCGCGUGUCUGUCAAGAAUAUGCUGGCCUCCAUCUUCGUAGGAGCUAGACAACUCAUGCGCAUCGCAUAAAUUUGUUAGUGCGUCACAAAUUGCUCUGAUUGAGAUUUCCACAUCUGAGAAGGUGAUAAAUCUCGCGAGUUGCGCGAGAGCCUGAAGCAGUCAGCGGAAAGUGUCCGACAGUGUGAGCAGGAUGUUUUUUAUCCAGUAAAAAAGUUCGUCGCGAUCACUCAUGGUCAUGGGCAGUGUCACGACGGAGAAAUAUUUUUCCUACGCAAAAAUGCAUCAUCACAGUUAAGCCCUAUAUGUGAUACUCCUUGUGCUUCUGCAUGUCAGAAAAAUUUCUCAAGCGUCAGAAACUGGUGCAACUUAGUGACUGUGGCAAACUAUUUCGUCUCUAUAGGUCGGCCGUGGAGGAUCGAGUGUGGCAAGAACACCUAUCCUUGUUUGAAAAGUGUUUCCCUGGGCGCGUCUUGCAAGGCACAAAUUGGAGCCCCGGGUCCGUCAGGAACGCAAGCUUAUGACGAGAGCGCGUUCCUUACUCUUCUUACUUCUCCUCCUCGCCACAACUUGAUCUUGAUUCAUGUACUUGGAUGAUGAUGACUGUGUUUUUGCACCUGGGUAGUAUGUAGUGAGGUCACCGAACGGUUCUAACCAGGGAGUUUUUUUGACAUAUACCGUCCAAAACGACCAGCAGUUUUGAAGCCUAUAGAGAGUUUUUUUGCAUGAAAAAGAUCGCAGCGCGCCAGCCUGUUUGGCUUUGCUGGCACCGAAUCGCCAGCGGAUUCUAUCGGUCGCCGCUGAGUAAAACGACGCAGGGGAGCCGGCAAAAGGGGCGCCCUUCUGAGGCGCCCACCGCCUUGAUUUCUGGCGGUUUGGGGCGCCCAAAAAGGGGCGCGAAAAAAACGCGCCCAAAAUCAGAACAGCGAAACAGCAUGGCACGGCCGCGAUUUGGGAGCAUUUUGGGCGGCCGCAAAAGCGGCCGCAUUUUCGCCGGUUUCAGAUCCUGGGAAGCUUUGCAAAAAGCGCCGGCUAGAAAAAUAAAAACGCAAAAAAGCAAAACUGCGCCAGACGCGCAAAGCCAAUCCGCAUGCUACGGGCCCGAUUUUUCUUCGCUUUUUGGGCGCCCCCCGCGGCACCCGGAUCGGCCCCAUAGCAUGGGGGGUGGCUUCUGGAAAGGAAUGUCGGGAAUUUGCCAAAAUUUGCGACGUUGUUCAAGCGGCCGCCAUACCGGGCGGCCUAACGUUACUCACGGCGGUGUGGCGACCCCAGAAAAAGCAAAGCCGCGGCCAAGGCGACGGCCGGCAAGAAAACGCCCACGACCUCACUACGCCCCGGCGGCUAUAUUUGGUAACUGUCACGUGAUGGAUUUGAAAGGCGAAGGCCCUGUCGUGUGAGCAUGCGGCAAGAAUGCAGAAGUUUCCUCUUCGCCCACGCCUAUGUUGCUGUACUGGAUGCCCGCCAUGAUCAAUGUGGUCAAAGCAGGGCGAGGGAAGAGAGCGCUGCAAUCUCAUAAGGCCGCGCGGCAGUGGAGAAGCUUGUAUUGGAGCCCGUUUGGCGCGACAUGCGGCACCGCGUCAACUACCAGCCCUACGGAGCUUGGAUUAAGUAUGCCCACGUCUUCCGGUGGGAAAUCGACAAAUGAAGAAAAUGAGUCGAAAAGAACGGAAUUACGAUUACCUAGUUGAGUACAUACUUAUGUUUUAUUGCACGAUGAAAUUAUGCAACGUCGUGGCCGAAGCAAUAGCAGAGCUAAGCCUAAAGCUAAAGCUACUACAACAUGGCCGCAAUUGCAUUGCACAGGUGGAAGCAAGAUAGGCCGAAGCCUCUGCGCGGCCGGGCAACGGUCAAGGAAGGGGCCGCUUCGAAAACACAAGACUUGUGUUUUCGAAGCGGCGCGGUUGUCUUUGCGCCGACCUUUAUUUCAGAUUGAAGUUAUGUAUGCUCCAAAAUAAAUAUCGCAAUUCUCAUGAACCUUCUCGAAUGGGUAAGUGAGUCCAAGUACUCCAAGAACUGGUGUCGAUUUUAUGCAUCAGUAAAUCGCGCUUAUUUUUUAUUUUUUUCCAUUUUCGCUUGGACCAUUUUCCAACGGGCAUCAAUACCAUACUAACCAGGCGGACCCCCGCGACCUGGAGCGGAAGACAUUACUCGAGUUGCCUAUGAUCCUGUAUAGAACCGUCUCCCUCCUGAACUGGUGUCUCACGCACAGCAACUUGAAAGUAACAUGUAGUUUCAGACGGUGAAGUAGAGUUUGUCGCGCAUUAUAGGUAUAGUUCGCACGAAACUCUUGGUGUUUCGCAAACUUUUUGGGCUCUUCUAAAGCACCUGCUCGCGACGCCAAAGCAAGGUCCAAAAGAAUGUAAUAUUAAUAUAGCGAGAAAAUCGAAGACUCAAGACUGCGUUUGUCAUGCAGGAGAGCACGUUUUCUUCCUUGCGCGCGGGAGAUCAUGGAGAAGAUUAGGACGCUUGUUUUAUCUAGGAUAAUUCUCGCCCUGCAGCUACGGCAGGUUGACGCGGUCUACGAGGCCGCGCGGGAAGCGGAGAUCAAACUCGGUCGCCGCAUCGCCAGGCAAGAGAAGGAGGAGCGGACUCAGGGCCGCGUGACGCUGACGGCUGCCGACAGUGGCCCUGUGCAGCGUUUGAAAGCCGAGCGCCCACAAAUCUGGGCGGCGUGUGUGACGGAGGCUAACACCCUCCACCAGUACCUCCAGCGACUGCGCGCCUUCCAGGAGCAGAUGCUGCGCGAAUCCGUAUUGAAAAAGUAAACGCAGGAACCUCCCCUUUUUUAUAGCCGGCAUGAGAACGUGAAUGAACAGUGUGUCCACGGCCACAAGAACCGGCAGGUCUGUUCUCAGGUGCUAUGAUGCUAGCACUCUAUUUGCACUAGCUCCAGUUGAACAUCAGCAUGUGAGACCUCUAUUUUUGUUUUCGGUGACCCGAUAAAUUUGAAUACAGCGGCAACAGUAGCCGUUAGUACUUAUGUUGCGGCACCAGAAGUAGGCUCUCAGUUCCAUUUUCCGUCUGGUGGCCACGCUACUUGUGAGAAGUUACUAGAAAGAGAAGACUCAGUCACGAUGUACUACGAUCUACUAUGAAUAAAUGAUAAAGCAUGCACCGUCCGAGGCAGUGGCAGACGAUCUCCUUAUUCCUUGCUUUUGGGUUCGAAGUAAUAUGGAAGGGGUGGACUUCGAUUUUUUCGAAUGAUAAUUUGACUUUGCGCGUCAGCGCGCUGAGGCGGUUCCCGCGGUGGUCGCGCGCGCCGAUAUGUUUUCCGCCUUCUGAUCAGGCUCAGGUGAUGUUGCAUAUGCACUAAUGUCGUCCUCGACUUUUCCAAAGGGAAAGGUCCUGCUUCUGGGACGAGCAUAUUAUAUUUGCAAAAAUGUUGCCCAUGCCCCCUUGAGUAUUUUCGCUAAAGGAGGAUAGUCGCAGGGAUUUUUAUUUUUGACCCGAGUUUUUCUGCUUGGCUAGCAACGACACCCUACGCGGAAACAGUAGGUCAGCUGCGAGGUACUAGCUGUGCGUAUGUAUGUUAAACAUGGAGAUCAUCUGAGCACAGGGCCUGGGCUUCCAUACGCAUGUGCGACUAUUUCUUCUACGAGUGUCAAUUGGACCUGGAAAAAAUCAAACUCUGGUGGGCUGCUUUCCAGCAGUUCCUCCAGGAGAACAAGGCCAUUCUCAAGUCGCUCCGGCUGGAUGAAGCGGACCUGCCUACCGGCGAUCCUGCGGCUGUGGAAACUGACCACGCACAGGCACACACUUUGCCGGAACCGGAAGCACAUAUAAGCACUAGCCCGUCGAUAUGCAAAGAGAAAAGUGUAACUCGUGAUACAACAGUGAGAGUUCUUGCACACUGUCAGCUGGACGACUGCUCGGUAAGACAAGCCAGACAGACUACCCCUGUCAUUCCCGAAGGAACUCUUGCGAGUUUCCGUUUCGCUUAGUGUGCGUUUUCCCUCUUGAUGAUUUCCGCCAAAACAGUUGCAUUCGAUGUCAAGCAAACUAACGAGCGAGACUGCAUCUUUUGCAUUUGCUGAAGUUAAGUUAGAGCAGCAGUGUAUCUGUAAUGCUUUUCUUCUUGGAUAGACGAGAAACGCCCGCUCGACGGCACGCAUUGUCAUCAAAAACUUCAAGGUUACGCUGGCUCAGCUAGACAUGCGACGUCACGGGUUUGUGAAUAUGGCCUGGUCGGGUGUGAUGAUGAUCACCACCGUGACAAAGUAGGUGUGGGUGUGGGGCAUCGCGCAAAUAAACGCACCGAAGCGCCCCUUGUCUGAUAGCUUUCGAAGCAUUUUUCUGUAUUUAAAGCAUGAUGAGAAUGGUUGUCUAAGUCUAUUCAGUUUUCAAGACGCAAGCAUUCUUCCACCCUGAGGUAGAGGUUUGUUUGAUUUCCUUCACGUUCACCGUAUAUCGUAAACGUAAUCGUAUAUAAAAACGAUGUCUAGUUCGUCUCCUCGUGUGGCUUUCGUAUUGUUCGCAAAAUUGACAGAAAGAAAGAGUGCGACGGCGACGCUGCGUUAAUACAUGGGGACUUUUUUUAGAUGUUUCGUUUCUGCGACGCCCUGCAGUUUCGUCGCGGGGAACUGAGAUUAUCACGCCAGGGUGGGGCAUACUGCAGCACAUGGAUUUCGGGCAGAACGAAGUGCAAACCGUAACCAAGGGGUUUCAACAGCGUCCCUGGUCACUUACUACCACGCUCCCGGUCGUUGCAGCGGUACUCACUGACCUGCGCAAGGCGCUUCGCCGCUGCGAAACGGCCAGCAUUCCAGCCUUGGAAUCCGCGGGCCGUGUGUUGUUGGAAGAAGAGGAGCGCCAGACCGACACCACCGCCUUCGAGGCUUGUGCAAGCAAUGCGGAAGCCGCGGAGCACUUCCUCCACACGGUACGGCGAGCCCUAGAAGGAAAGCAAAAAAAUAAAACGGGGACGAGCGGUCGGGGGAAGGCUGUUAAAAAUACAACUUCGGCGACGUCAUCUUCACGGGGACCUCCGACGCAACCAAUGUGGGCAAAUCCGGACCCCUCUGCGCCCUACAUAUUGCCGAAGGAAGAUGGUUCUCAUCUCCAGGCCUACGCGGAGCUGGCUGCGGAGUCUGCUUCACUUCGCAAAAAGGAAGCCGCAGGUAACACACGACCCUUGUCGACCACACCUAUUCAUCCCGAAGGAAAUAAGAAAACCACUGCGUCCAGGCCUCCCGCCGUUCUAUUCUCUGCAGAAGAAGUAAUGCUCUCGUCGUUUCCAUUUGUGUGUAUGUGGUCUUUGUCUUGUAUGUACUAUGUACCUGUGGAAAGCGAAAGCUCUUUGUAUUCGUCUUCGUCGUUUUUCAGUGCUUAGUACCAGCUCCAGUGGCGAACUUGUAGAUACUUUUUAAAUGUAUCAAAUGACUUGCGCAAUGCUUUCCCAUGCAUAAACUGCUUUGAGCAACAAGUCAGCUGAGGACGUCAUCCUUGGACUGAUUAGCACUGUUGACCGCAUCCAAGCCUUGUUUCUGGAUUUCCUCGCGACUGGUUCAACAACUAUCCCCCGAGAAAUAAUUUGAGCUAGUACUAGAAGCGCAAUUACAAUCAUAUAUCUGCUUCAAAUGAAGAUGAACAUUUCCGCGAGCUACUAACUUAUCAUGAGUUGAUACAGGAUUAGCCACAAAAUCAAUGCAUGUGGAUUUGCACACCCAGACAAUGCAUCUACUAACUAAAGCUAUGACUGUAUUUGUCUUGCGGUUCGCUAGCGUUUCUGGUUUUGCAUGAUGCGCAAGUACUAGCUGCAGCUAUUGUCGUUGAUUAUAACAACACCAGCAGUGGCGCGUCACCUGUGUCGGGAAAAGUGGGAUGUUGUGAUGUAUCGCAGGUGGACAGCUACACUACUUCGCUUUGAUGUGUACUUCCCUGCAGGUGGCUGCUCUAUUGUGAAGAUAGAGCCGCCCCCAAACCGAAACUUGAUCAAGAAACCACUAGACAAUCAAUUUACCCACUACAUCAACGAGGCACGGAUAGUGCAGCCCCAGCAGGCAAUUCUGGUGCGCCGUAAUUGCCUUCGGAGCAACUACGGGGUCGGUAACGCAAGAAAGGAUGUCGUGUGCGUUGCCCAAGCGAAUAAGAAUAGCGUUUUCGUGUCGACGUUGUGUUGUUGAACUUGCAUUUGCAUAAAAGCAAGGCUGGAUUUGUGUUCGUUUUCGUCACGAACACAACAAGAACAAAUGUAUCUUCAUAUUGAUUCAUUGAAGUAGAGUCUCUUGUUCCGCUGCAAGUGAAAAAAGUUGCCACCUCGAUACGCUUGGGUGGCUUUCUAAUCGAUCGGAGGAUCUUCUGAACUUGUUGGACGCCCCACGGAGUGCCGCACUAGCAGAGCACUGGUGCCAUGCGUGGCUGCAAGAGACUCCGCUCUACCUCGUCGCCGAAGCUGCAAGCGACAAGCCGGGACGAAGAACCGAUUCUACUUCAUGCAGUGACGACGCGAGAGCGAAUGCUCAGAAGCGGGAAGCUAGAGUAACCGCGACUGCAAUGGAAAUGUUGGAAAACGUCGGCACCAUGACGAGACAACUUGAUAUGCAAGCUGAGGAUGUAGCCUUACGCAAGCGAAAAAAUGUUCGAGACUGAAAGAAAACCACGUGUGGUCAAAACGAGAACUCACUUUUGGUUUUGCAGUCAUCUGGAUCUGACCCGCCACCGCUCGAGGUUGAUACAUAAUAUAGUCAACUCGUAUUCACGAGGACUCCUUCUACCUGUAUCCCAGCUGCUGAAACAUCGGUGCAGCGGUUUUGAUGUUUAUUUCGACAGGGAGCUUGCUAGUGAAAUUUGGCGGAAGAUGUUGAAGCAUUGCUCGUUCUUGCGCGUGGCAUUAUACGCGCCAUAUGGUUGUAUGCAAUUGUACAGUGCUGUGAGUGAAGAUCCCGCUUGCCACUUUGCAUGAAGCAGUUUUUGACACAUGUGGGCUGGUUCGGAUUUUUCCCCGGAUUCGUGCGAUUCGCAGAAUUGAAGGGAUUCGUGUAUGGUCCGCAGCUCAAGUUUAUUGAGGGUCUCAAAGAAACCUACGGCCCAAUAAAAGUUGAAAUUGUACUCGGUGGCUUCAACGAAAUUUAUCGAGUUGUUGUAGGAGGGUCUCACGACCUGUAAAAAGUGGAACUGGUGCAGCAAGGGAGCUUAUACACGCAGGCAUGCGUCUGCUCUGUUUCGGUACCUAAAUUUGAUGCCCCUGUGCAUGAGCGUGAGGGCCAAAAUGCCAACCAGCGUCGAAAAGGAAAUGCGAAUGUAGCCAUCAAAAGUUUAUUUCGUCAUGCACUAGUAGGCAGUAGUAUUGUUUCCUCUCGCUGUAGUUUCUGCAAGAAAUAUAAAUGUGGAUGGAUCUGAUUUCCCUCGUUGAUGCGCUUGAGCCUUGCAUAAUUUCCUCUUCGCCACGGAUUGCACAGCACGGUAUGCGUUUUGCGAAGAGCUUCUGCAUGUACAUGCAGCCUCUUCUUUGGCCGCCAAGUUCGUUGUGAAGAAACCUUCAGCGACCGCCAAUCCUACCGAGGAGGAUCAACAUGCUGGUCUGCUCUUCACAGCGGGAAACACGCGACCGACACCGUAUCCACUGCAAACCCAAAUAUGUCUGGGUCUGAAAUCUUGUGAUACUGAUACCAAAUCCAAAGUUUCAGCCAACAAGCAUGACACGUUCAGGUUAUAAUUUGAGUUUGACGCACGCAUAACAAACACAAACUGCGUCUUUGCAUGACGAAAAAGUAGAAAGACGCCUUUGCUGGGUAACCGCAACACAGAUAUUGAUUCAGGAAUGCUAGACAUGCAAGAAAAGUUCCACGUCUCCGGACCCAAGCAUAAAUUGCACUUGAUACAACGUCGUCGAGUACGGACAGCGUAGCGCUGCCCCGGGGGGGAGGCGCUCGCGCAGCUCCACCACAAGCACCAGCAAAUGGUGUACAUCACAAAAUCAAGCUUUGUCCCACCUUGGGGGAGCAACGCGUGCCACCGCAUCCCUUCGCCGGAUUGCUCGCGCGGAACUGUCCCGGGCGUGCCCAAUCUGAAGCGCCAGAAUCCAUCUUGCAGCAGUCACGGUCGAAAACGGAAGAAGGAAUGCCCCCUGGGACGAUCGCGGGCCGCCCCGAGAAAAGAUCGUCGAAGACCACAGGAUCGUCGAAAGACCGUCCCACUACACCACCGCUGCCUUCCACCGCACUCGGAUAUCAAAAUCAACUGCUGCGGUUUAUGUCAUUUGGGUGUCAAAGUGGAACUUAAAUCAAUAUGCUGGAUGUCAUCUGAUGUCAUGCACAAUGUCUGCUGCUCCAGACUAGACCUAGAGUGUCUACGUUGCUGCUGUGGCCCAUGAUGAAGAUGAAAUUGAAAGUGAACAACAUCGAAAGUUCGUUUCCAGACCGCGACCCAAACCACACAUUCUUGUUGUAUAUGGCAAACGACGCGGGCGCGGCAAAGGCAAUAAAACCGGACUUCUUGAUCCCUAAGCGGCCACUUGAGGACCCUCCGGCUCGUGGGCGCCCAACCCUGCCCCCCAUCCUCAUGGAGGAACUCCGACGAGUCGAGGACAACUGAGUUUCUAUUAAAUUUGUAGUUGUAAGAGAGCAUGUACUUGCUCUGGCUCCUCUCCCACAAGAAUUACGUUUGUCCCUUCGGUGCAGCUGAUUGAAAAAUAAAAGCCUCGCUUCUGGAAGCUAGUCGUCAUAGCUGUCCCGUCCUCCUCGCACUGUAGAUGGCAUAACUCAAGAAAAUGUUGGUAGCCAGAGGACUAAAUUAGCAUGGGGAAACACGAAAAGUGGAAAGUCAUGAUACUGUUGGUGAAAAGCUGUGAAGUGAAAGGCACUCCAGGGUGAUGUGAGCGGUGUUGCAGCGCUGGCUCAUAAUUAUCAAGAGCACGAAUUCGAGCGGAUCAUGCCGAUCACAUUCAAAAUCAC